GCUAUUUUUUGACGGACUCUGAACUCGGGUGUUUUAGCUAUUUUAUUUUUCAGCCACUGGGUUUACGAGCCAUAGGAUUGUGGGUACAGAAAGAGUGAAAACAGACGCUUCGAGAGCGAAAGAGGAAAAACCGGAACAGGGAUAUUUCCUAUACUGACCAGCUGUCUGUGUCGCUCGACUUUACAAUGUGGCUGUAUGAUCUUUUGUUCAGCCUCGACGUCAAGGCAAUACUGCUGUUUGUUGUUUUCUUUCUCUUGGUAGCCGAUUUCCUCAAAAACAGGAAUGCUGAAAAUUACCCUCCCGGACCCCUGGCUCUGCCCCUUGUGGGUCACCUUUUCAGUGUCGACCUGGGACGACCUCACCUCACGUUUACCAAGCUAACCAAGGCUUAUGGGAAUGUGUUCAGCAUCCGUUUUGGGAGUGAUAAGAUGGUGUUUGUGUGUGGGUACAAGAUGGUGAAGGAGGCCAUAGUGACACAGGCAGAGAACUUUGUGGAUCGGCCGUACAGUCCAAUGUCUGAGAGGAUAUAUAAUGGGACAUCAGCUGGUCUAUUCAUGAGCAGUGGUGAAAUAUGGAAGAAACAGCGACGUUUUGCCCUGUCGACCUUACGUAGCUUUGGUCUGGGAAAAAGCUCUAUGGAACAGUCUAUUUGUGAGGAGUGUCACCACCUGCUGGAAGAGAUGGAGAAGGAGAAAGGUGAAGCUUUCAAUCCUGCAAGACUCUUCAACAAUGCUGUAUCCAACAUCAUUUGCCAGCUGGUGAUGGGGAGACGGUUUGACUACAGCGACCACAACUUCCAGAUCAUGCUUAAGAACCUGUCUGAAGCCAUUCAGCUAGAGGGCAGCAUGUGGGGUCUAUUGUAUGAGGCGUUUCCUGGAGUGAUGAAACACUUGCCUGGUCCUCACAACAAAAUGUUUAGCUAUUAUAAAUACUUGGAGGGAUUCAUCAGUCAGGAGAUACAGAGGCACAAGAAGGACCUGGACCCCAAUAAUCCACGGGACUACAUUGACACUUUCAUCCUGGAAAUGCAGAAUCACCAAAGAGAGUCUAAUCUGGGCUUCAGUGAGGCCAAUCUGGCUCUGUGCUCUCUAGAUCUGUUCCUGGCUGGAACGGAGACCACCUCCACCACUUUGCUGUGGGCCUUGACUUUCCUCAUCAAGUACCCCGAUGUUCAGGAAAAAGUCCAGGCAGAGAUCGACAGAGUGAUUGGACAGACCCGCCAGCCCACUAUGGCCGACAGACCCAACAUGCCCUACACUGACGCUGUCAUCCAUGAGAUCCAGAGGAUGGGAAACAUUGUCCCUCUCAACGGACUCAGGAUGGCUGCCAAAGACACAACACUGGGAGGCUACUUCAUACCCAAGGGUACUGCCUUGAUGCCCAUGCUGACCUCUGUGCUGUUUGACAAGAAUGAAUGGGAGACUCCAGACACCUUCAACCCUGGACACUUCCUAGAUGCUGAUGGCAAAUUUGUAAGGAGAGAGGCGUUCUUGCCUUUCUCUGCAGGGAAACGUGUGUGUCUUGGAGAAGGCCUAGCCAGGAUGGAGCUGUUCCUGUUUUUUGUCAGUUUAUUCCAGAAGUUCACUUUCUCCACACUGGAUGGAGUAGAGCUGGAUACUGAGGGUGUAAUCGGAACUACACACGUACCGAAACCCUUCAAGGUCUAUGCCAAGGCUCGCUGAACCAUGAAAAGUCUCAUUUAACCCUUUUCACUUGUUAGUCCUCACCUUUGUCUAUUGUUUGAUUUUGCCAUGCCAGUACCAUUCCCACACUCUAUAAAAUGGACUAAUGUACUAAUUAUAAGACCUCAUCCAAAGAACUGUACCUUGCAAUAUGCCUACUGAGUUCUUUCAGAACAAGGUUAAAACUAACAACUCUGUGGCACUUAUUAAAGUUAACUGACUUACUUAACGCAAAUCUUGAAAGAUUUUGUAAAUACUCAUAAACACAUAGGUCAGGAUAAUCUUUUGGUACCUGCUUGAAAUGAAAAAGAGAAGGGGAGAAAAAACUGCACAUUAUCAGUCAAUGGGACAAUACUGCAGGACGAAUGUACUUUUAAACUGACAGAAGAAAAUAAAAAGAAGAAAGAUCUCCUUUUUGAUCAUGUUUGGGCUUACAUCACUACUUCAUGUUUUUCAGGUGAGAGCAGUUUUGCAUUUUGCAGGGAUGGUAGGCAAAGUAGAUUGGCUUAAGGGUUUUAUUUUUUUGCCCUUUUUUUUGUUAGUAGUAUAUUUUGGUCUGUCCUCAGCUUAUUC